GGAGGGCAGCGGAGCCAGCAACAGCAGCAGCAGUGGUGGUGGUGUUAGUAGGGGCUUGUCCUCCUCCAGACCCGCAGGCAUCAUCCCGGACCCAGGACCCAGGACCCGCAGGACCCUAGGACGGGAGGAUAACCGCUUCUUCCAUCCCUGACUGAUGCGCAGACCCCGUCCCUCUCUUCUCCCGAUGAGAAGCGGCGCUGCGCGCAGACAUGUGGACUAAUAACCCGGGGAAAGUGCGUCGCUGCGCGCUGGUGUGUCUCCUCCUCACGCUGGGGGCCGAGGUGUGUGGGUGCACCGGGUACUUCGAGCUGCAGCUGGUGUCGGUGAGGAACCCCGAGGGCCUGCUGCGCAGCGGGGACUGCUGCGACGCGCAGCAGCCGCAGAUGCAGAUGCAGCAGCACCAGGAGCAGCAUCAGCAGGAAGGACAGUCUCAGGACGGACAGUCUCAGGACGGCCAGUCUCAGGACGGCCGCUGCGCGGGCGAGUGCAACACCUACUUCCGAGUGUGUCUAAAGGAAUACCAGACCGAGGUCACGACCGGCGGAGCCUGCACCUACGGAUCCGAGACCACCAAGGUCAUCAGUGGGAAUACUUUUCAGUUCAGGGGCUCUGGCCAGAAAAGCUCUGGCCAGAACCGCAACGGCGAGGCAGGAAAGAUCAUCAUCCCCUUCCAGUUCGCGUGGCCGCGGGCGUACACCGUGAUAGUGGAGGCGUGGGACAGGGACAAUGACACACACAGCAAUGACGAGGAGCUGCUCAUCGAGCGCAGCAUCCACAAAGGGAUGAUCAACCCUGGAGAGGACAAGCAGACCGUGGAGUAUAAGAGCUUGAUCGCCAGUAUUGAGUACACCAUCCGCGUCCGCUGCGACGAGCACUACUACGGCCUGAAGUGCAACCGGGUGUGCCGUCCCCGCGACGACUACUUCGGACACUACGUGUGCGACCAGUUUGGAAACAGACAGUGUAUGGAGGGAUGGACGGGACAGGACUGCAAAACAGCCAUCUGUAAACAAGGAUGCAGCCCCUCGCACGGGACCUGUCAGAUACCUGGGGAAUGCAAGUGUAACUACGGCUGGGACGGACCGCUGUGUGACAAGUGUCUGCCGUACCCGGGAUGCGUCCACGGCACCUGCAGCGAGCCCUGGCAGUGCACCUGCGAGAAGAACUGGGGAGGCCUGCACUGCGACAAAGAUCUGAACUACUGCGGCACCCAUCGGCCCUGUAAAAAUGGAGGAACGUGCAUGAACACAGAGCCUGAUGAGUACAGCUGCGCCUGCCCGGACGGUUACUCCGGGAAGAACUGCGAGAUCGCGGAGCACGCCUGCGUCUCCAACCCGUGUGCUAACGGAGGGACCUGCCACGAGGUCCCCUCCGGGUUCGAGUGCCACUGUCCCGCCGGCUGGUCCGGCCCAACCUGUGCGAAAGAUACCGACGAGUGCGUCUCCAACCCCUGUGCUCAGGGUGGAACCUGCAUCGACAUGGAGAACGGCUUCGAAUGCAUCUGUCCUCCACAGUGGACCGGCAAAACCUGCCAGAUCAACGGUAAUGAGUGCUCGGGGAAGCCUUGCCUCAAUGCUUACUCUUGCAAAAACUUGAUUGGUGGAUAUCACUGUGCCUGCUUUCGUGGAUGGGUGGGCCAGAACUGUGACAUCAAUCUGAACAGCUGCCACGGACAGUGUCAGAACGGAGGGACCUGCAAGGACAUGGCCCGGGGAUACCAGUGCGUCUGCCUGCCGGGCUUUGUGGGUCGGCACUGCGAGGUCCAGAGGAACCGCUGCUCCAGCGGGCCGUGUAAGAACAACGGCCGCUGCCACGCCCUGCUGGACGGGUUCAUGUGUGAGUGUCGGCAAGGCUUCACCGGGACCACGUGUGAGGUGCAGAAUGAUCCUUGCAGCCCGAACCCGUGCCACAACAAGGCCCAGUGCCACAGCGUGAUGGGAGACUUCUACUGCAGCUGCCCGGACGACUACGAGGGCAGAACUUGUUCGCAGCUCAAGGACCACUGCAAGACCAACCAGUGUAAAGUGAUAGACAGUUGUACCGUCGCCGUGGCGACCAACGACACCCAGCAACGGGUGUGGCACAUCUCGUCCAACGUGUGCGGCCCCCACGGCCGCUGCAUCAGCCUCACUGCCGGGAACUUCAGCUGCUCCUGCGAGCCGGGCUUCACCGGCACCUACUGCCACGAGAACAUCAACGACUGUGCAUCGUCCCCCUGUAAGAACGGAGGAACCUGCAUCGACGGCAUCAACUCCUUCCAGUGCUUCUGCCCCGGCGGCUGGGAGGGGGGCCUGUGUGACACGGAUGUGAACGAGUGCAGCAGGAACCCGUGUGAGAACGGAGGGCGCUGUGUGGACAUGCUGAACGACUUCUACUGCGACUGCGUGGACAACUGGAAGGGAAAGACCUGCCACUCACGUGAGAGCCAGUGCGACUCCAACACGUGCAGCAACGGCGGGACGUGCUACGACCACGGAGACUCCUUCCUGUGCAGCUGCUCCUCCGGCUGGGGCGGGAACACCUGCAACACAGCCAAAAACAGCUCCUGUGAUUCGGGCCCGUGUCAGAACGGAGGGACGUGCGUGGGCGGGGGCGGCUCCUUCACCUGCAUCUGCAAAGACGGCUGGGAGGGGCCCACUUGUGCUCAAAAUGUCGAUGACUGCAACCCACAUCCCUGCUACAACGGCGGCGUCUGCGUGGACGGCGUGAACUGGUUCCGCUGUGAGUGCGCGUCGGGAUUCGCCGGGCCGGACUGCCGCAUCAAUAUAGAUGAGUGCCAGUCGUCUCCGUGCAGCGAAGGUUCCACCUGCGUAGACGAGAUCAACGGCUACCGCUGCGUUUGUCCUCUGGGACAGGCCGGGCCUCGCUGCCAGGAGUUCAUCGGUGUGGGGAAGUCGUGCCGUCACGCCGACCUGCAGUACCCUCACGGGAGCCGGUGGGAGGAGGAGUGCAACACCUGCCACUGCGUCAACGGAAACGUGCACUGCUCUAAGGUGAGGUGCGGCCGGCGGCCCUGCAUCCUCCCCAAGAGCGUUCCGGAGGCGGAGCCUCCGCCCCAGUCCUGCUCCGGAGGACACGAGUGCGUCCAGCACCAGUUCCUGACCUGCUUCUCCCCGCCCUGUCACCAGUGGGGGGUGUGCUCCACACCGGACCCCCCCAUGCCCCGGCACACGCCCUGCGAGCCCAACACCGCUUACCUGGACAACAGCUGCGCCCACAUCACACUCAUCUUCAAGAAGGACAGAGUACCACAGGGCACCACCGUGGAGAACAUCUGCUCCGAGCUGCGGUAUCUCCCCGUGACGCGGACACUGGCCGAGGAGCGAGCGCUGCUCAUCCUCUGUGACUUAUCCUACUCCAACAGUGAUGCUGUGGAGGUCGCCAUGUCUUACGAGAAGGAGAGCCAGCUGAAGAGCGGGGACUGUGGGCAGAUCCAGAAAGCGGCCAGUGCCAUCACCGGCGCUCUGUCCAAGCGGCUCAACGGCACGGCCAUGGCCGCCGUGGUGGAGGUCAAGGUGGAGAUGCUGGUGGAGUGUCCUCGCGUCGGCUACCUGGUCCCGGUCCUGUGCGUGGUCUUCAGCCUGCUGUGGAUCUUCUGCAUCGCCGUGUGCAUCUGGUGGAUCCGGAAGAGGAAGAAAGAGCGGCGGCGAGCGGCCCGGUCCGAGGACACCACGGUCAACAACCAGCUGGAGCCGCUGCGGAGCAACGCCCUCAAGGAGUUCCCAGACAGAGACAUUCAGUACGAAUGCAAGAAGCUCAUGGGCCCCUCGGAGCGGACGUGCGACGGGGCCGAGGGCGAGGAGGGGGACGGGGGGCGGGACGGGGACAGCGAGGACGACGAGGAGCGGGCGCUGGGCGCGGGGGACAAGCCCCCCCCCCAGAGAUGCCCCGCGCUGGGGCAACAGGACAAGGGCGGGCCGCUCAAGGGAGGGCUGAUCUGCACAACGCACACCGGGCCGGUCAAGGCGCCGCACCGGACGCCUUACAGCCCCAAAGACAACCGUUACAAAAACCUGAACGCUGCCAAGCUCAGCGAGGACGUCAAAGACCAGUAUGUGUAGAACGGAGGGACGGGACCUUCCGAGUCGAGUCCACGACGCCGACCCGACUACCCAAAAGCACCAAAAGUGAAGAUUACAAACGCUUUCAUUUAGUUUUUUAUCGUUUUCCGUUUUUCACACCUUAUUUAAGUUCUUUCUCUGCAGCAUGGAGGCUUACUUUAUCCAAAAAAAGACAAAAAUAGAUACAAAAAAAAAUGCAAAUGGCAUGCGCACAUCCCAGUUUGUGGAUUGGGGGUUGAAACCGUGACUGCUGGAAAGGAGAAUCUUCUCGUCCGUGUUCCUGACGUGAAUGUGGACGGCUGGCAGCUGUUCUGGUUCCUGCUGACGUCUCGCCUUAGCCCACACCCCGGGCCUUUUCUACGCCCACUUCAAAUCAGCCGUUUCUAUCAAAAACAAAGGCAAAAAAAAAAAAAGAAAAAGGAAAAACAACUGGACAAACGUUGGAUAUCCUUUGACGUCUUCUGAGAGUUUGACGCAGAAUCCGCCGCGCGACGCCCGGCGUGAGAAUCCUUUGUUUACAUUAUAUACAUCUUUUUCCACAUUGUUUUAAAGCAUAAACCUUCUUACAUUGUCUCUUGGGGAUUUUUCAUGAUUUGAUUUGGUUGAAAAGUGCCUUCAACCCCCGGAUUUCUCCUUUUUUUUUUUUCUUCCCCUAAACUUCAUGUUGGUUCUAAAUGCAUUUUAACGGAAAUAAGUUCUAACAACAAACUUUUCAUCAUGUAAAUAUGUGUAAAUAUAAACAAAUGCCUGUGUAUAUUUGAGUUAAGUAAGUUAAGUGACGCUUGUACCAUAGUUAUACUACAGAUUAAGAUUAUUUUGUGUUCCUUUUUAUGUCAUUCCUUUUAUUGGUGUCUGUUUGAAACCAUGAAAGAUUUUAUACGAACCCAUUUUCAGGCAUUUCUCCCAUUUUCAUUUCAUUACCAAUAAUGGUCGGAGCUGAAAACAAUUAUGAUGCUUUUAUUGGAUGUGAUAUAAUUAUUCACUCGUUGAGAGAACAGAUGGCGUGUUUAGAGAACUGCUUGUUUGGAGCUGUCAAUCACGAUUAUUUUCCUUCAAUCAGAGACCUCCGAAGUUCAACUUUCGGUGUUUAAGCUGUUACAGUUGUUUGUAUUUCAUUUUUUUUUUUUUUUUUACGCCAUUCUGCAUCUUUUCUUCAAAGCUGAAGCCCCUUUUUUUUCACAUUUCAAAUGUAAUUUGGGUCUUUGAUUGAAGUGUCCGGGAGAGCCGGUGCUGGUUCAGGGAGAUCCAGCCCAUGCGUCUAUUUACACGUCUAUUUAUAAGCCCUGUUGCUAUCUGGGGUGCGAGCAGGCGAUCCGAGCACAGGCAGGUAUCGCUGGGCACAGUUCUGUCACACUUCUUCUGCUCGCUCCACUUUUAAUCCACAUUGCACUACAUUUUCUUUGUUAAAAUAAUGCAACCGGGUGCAGCUUUUACUGUAAAACCAUGCAAACUGUUCUGAAAGCUCCUCUCUUCUAAUGCUCCCUGUGUGUGAAACGGUUCCAGCACGGUCGUAGAAAGCUGCGACGGGAAGCUUUUUUUGACGCCACAAGAGCUUGUUUUCUUCUUCUUUUUUUUUUUUUUACUAAUUUUUGCAAAAGAGCAGUUUAUUUAGAAUCUCCAGUAAGUUAAAAAUGAUUGUCUUUUGUGAAAUGUUAUGCUGCAAACUGAUUUUUUUGAUCCCAGGACUCAUAAAUAAGCACAUAGGAAAUAUCCCUGAUGCUCUGGCAGGAGUCGGGUCCCAAACCAAACUCUUGCAAACGAGGAAUCUUAUCUUUCUUUUUUAUUUUUUCUUCAAACAUACACGUCACAGGGUCCACACCGCUGGAUAUCACUGAUAUCAGUCGCUCUUUAAUGCCCUCGUACUUAAUUUGAGUCUGCCGACGGCGGGGAAGCCACGCGGGCUGCAGAGUUUACGGCCAGAUUGUCAGACUAAACAAAGCGUGGGUGAGCGGGAACCUGCGCGUUCUCUCCUCUCUCUUCCUCUCUCUUCCUCCGCCGUAGCCACACCUCUACUUGUUUAUCUUUUCUGGUCUAAUGAAGGGAACAAGUUGUUGUUGAUGUCGUUAAUUGUUGUGGAUGUUGUCUGUUUCCCAACUAGAACACAGGCAGAAAGAAAUGUUUGUCCUUACUUCAGCAACAGGAGUUUGGAGAAAUGAAAAAAGGCUCAAAUGUUUGUCACAAAUGUUUUAUCUAUAUUAUUUGCUGGAAAUCAAGGAGAACCUAAAUUUGUUUUCUGUGAGUCCGUUUUAGGCAAUGUUAGCCCUGCAAGAGGAGCUGAAUGUGCAGAACAUUGUAAUAAUUUUGUACAAAAUUUGGUAAAAAGAAACAAAAAAAUUGGUUUGUUAGUGGAUUUUUUUGUUUAUUUGUUCUUAGAACAGCUCUAUUAUUUAUU